AUUCUGCACUCGGCUGAUUGUAAGGCACAAAGGUCUACGAGAUAAAUGACAGCAUAAAUUGGCAUAUUGUAGUUGAGAUAACAUUUUACACAUUCGGUUAACCGGUCUUUUGUGUCACAAUUGCGUCAAGAAUCAACAGCCUCAAGCUUCCUCAGCUACUCACAAGAGUGAUAAAGCCAAGUGUGAUAAACAGACAAAGUUUCGUUGCAGUACUAAUAAAGAUGGAUUCUAUCCCACAGGCAGGGGCAGGAGUGAGGUCAGCAAGUUCAUUCAAACAUGAACAAGCAUUUAUCAAUGGGAAAUGGUUAGAUGCAUCUGAUGGAAGCACCAUUGAAGUUACCAACCCAUCAACGGGUGCAGUUUUGGGAACUGUGCCUGAUAUGGGUGAGGGAGAAACAGAGCAAGCAAUUCAAGCAGCCUACAAAGCACAACAGACAUGGAAAAUGACCACAGCAAAGGAAAGAAGCAUAAUACUGAAGAAAUGGUUCAAGGUCAUGAUGGACAACCAGGAGGAACUUGCUAAACUUCUCACAGCUGAACAGGGCAAGCCUUUGGCAGAAGCAAAGGGUGAGAUUGGUUAUGCCGCAGGAUUUGUGGAAUGGUAUGCUGAAGAGGCACGUCGACACUAUGGUGAUGUCAUUCCUACACCUGCGGCUAGUAAGAGACUCAUAGCAAUUAAACAACCAGUAGGGGUCGCCACUAUGAUAACUCCAUGGAAUUUUCCAAGUGCAAUGAUAACACGUAAGGCUGCAGCUGCCAUUGCUGCUGGGUGUACCGUGGUUGUGAAACCUGCUGAGGAAACACCCUACUCUGCCCUGGCCCUUUGUGAGCUUGCAGAGGAGGCAGGAUUACCAGCUGGGGUGUUAAAUAUUGUGACAUGUUCACGUAGCAAUGCACCAAAGGUUGGCAAGCUACUCUGCGAGCACCCUCUGGUGGCAAAAAUAUCAUUCACAGGAUCGACUGCAACAGGAAAGAUCUUGUUGAAGCAAGCUGCGAAUGGAGUAAAGAGAGUUAGUAUGGAGUUGGGAGGUAAUGCUCCAUUCAUUGUAUUCGAUAGUGCUAAUGUAGACGCAGCAGUAGCAGGUGCCAUGGGAUGUAAAUUCAGAGUUAGUGGUCAGACUUGUGUAUGUGCCAACAGGAUACUGGUGCAAUCAGGCAUCCACGAUAAAUUUGUUGAAAAACUUGCUGCAGCAAUUAAUGGACUUAAGAUAGGAGAUGGUUUCCAGGCUGACACCACUCAAGGUCCACUAAUUAACAUUAAUGCUGUUGAUAAGGUUGAAGGGCAUGUGAAAGAUGCUGUAUCUAAGGGUGCAACUGUUGUCACAGGAGGUCAAAGGUCAGACCAAGGGUGCAACUUCUUCCAGCCUACCCUCCUAACAGGGGUUAAUACUGAUAUGAGAGUCAGUAAGGAGGAAACUUUUGGACCAGUUGCUCCAAUUCUAAAGUUCAACACUGAGGAAGAAGCUGUCACCAUUGCCAACUCAUCCACAUCAGGCCUUGCAGGCUAUUUCUUCUCACAAGACAUGUCCCAAAUAUGGCGUGUCGCAGAAGCGAUGGAGGUAGGAAUGGUAGGAAUAAACGAGGGCAUAAUGUCUACAGUGGAGGCACCUUUUGGUGGCGUGAAGGAAUCUGGUAUCGGCAGAGAGGGCUCAAGAUACGGCAUCGAUGAAUACACUGAGAUUAAAUACUUAUGCUUUGGUGGAAUACAGUCAUAGGUCUAAAAACAAGGUAGCUCUAGAUAAGUGCAUGAAGAGUUACUUGUUAGAACUCACAGACUGUUUAUUGUUGUAUUCAGAAACUAACAUAGACUCUUAAUUUUUUAUUGUUAACUACUACACAAUACAAGCUCGUUGCAGUAUUACAUGCAUUAAAGAGAAGAGGACUGCUAAGGUUCAUACUGUGAUAAUAAGAUAAUCUACUUACUUUAAUUCUUAGUAUAAAAAGGACUAAAGGAAUGGAUAAAUGGAACAAUUAAAUAUGAUUUUUAUUUAAUUCUUAGCAUAUAAAGGACUAGAGGAUCGGAUAUGUGAAAAAACGAAAUAUUAAGUUUAGUUAAUUCUAGUCAAUAUUCUAACAUGGUAUACAUCAGGAAUUUAAAUGAUACUGGAGAGGUUAAGAUAAUAUGUCUGUCUGUCAGUCUGUCCAUCAGGCUGUCAACAAUAGUGGCAUCUUUUGAAGCCUCUGCUGAUAGGUUUCCCGUUUUAAGUUAUUUUUGUUUAACAUCAAUACAGAAAACCCUUUAUGGCUCCCAGCUCAAAAGCUCGCCUAUUUUUAAUAUGGCCACCAUUUUUUUCUAGCAAAAUUCACUUUAAGCAGCUUUAUAAAUUAUCUCCGGUAUCUUACUUUGUAAAAAGCCAUGUCGUCACUGUAAAGAGUAGUUCUAUGAAAUAAUUUUGUGACAAAAAAAUUAUAUUUGCUUUUUUAGUUGUCUUUCUCUCUUUGAGCAACAACAUGUGAGCCCAGUACCCAUGGUA